GCGUAGCACGGAAAAAGAAGAUCCCCCAAGCGGCCAAGCCGAAGGGAAACUGCUGCCAGUGUCCCCACCUAAGCUCGCGGACCAAAAUGGCAACCACCUCGCCGGAAUCCGCCGCCGCCGCCGGGGAAACCAACGAUCCCAUCCACAUCCGUCGCCUAGAGCUAUCCGACCACGAGAGGGGCUUCGUCGCCCUCCUUUCCCAGCUCUCCACUUGCCCGGAUCUCACUGCGUCCGAGUUCGCCACGCGCUUCGCCGAGCUCGCGGCGCAAGGCGACGACCACGUCAUCCUAGUGGCCGAGGACACCUCCGCCCCGGAGCGGCGGAUUCUCGCCACGGGGUGCCUCUUCGUGGAGCGCAAGUUCCUGCGAGGCGGCGGCAAGGCGGGGCACGUGGAGGAUGUGGUGGUCGAUGCCGCAGCGCGCGGCUGGGGGCUCGGGCUCCGCAUCGUGCGCCGCCUCGUGGAGAUCGCCAGGGACGCCGGCUGCUACAAGGUCAUCCUCGACUGCACUCCCGAGCUGCGCGCCUACUACGCCAAGUGCGGGUUUGUGGAGAAGGGGGUUCAGAUGGCCGUCUACUUCUGAAGAGUUUCAUUGCUGAGGAGUGAUGGGCAUAUGCGCUCGUUCUGCUCUGGAGACCCGCCCCAAAGUUUCUGAUUUCGGCAUGGCAGCAUGUGUUUCUUGCUGAUGUUUUUGACCAUUGAGAAGCUUCGUUGGAGCUUUUAAUUCUUGAUGAGGACAAUAAUUUUUCAAAACUUACAACUUAUCAGGCCCGCUAGCGUUCACUUUAUAUUAUUAUUAGGAGGUCACUGAAAUGCUUCCCA